UUGGUUAGGCUGUUUUUAUCAUUUCCAAAAAAUCAUCACAUCUCACAGCAACGCUACUCCCCUUUCCCCUCUGAAUUCCUCUUCAAUGGCGGUGUAAUUCCACUAGCUUUCCAGCCUAAAAGCUGCACAAGUCUCGCUGUUUUUUCGCCCUCGAUGCGCAAAUACGCGAACCCUAAGUUGAUUUGAAUCGGCGUCCGAAUCGGAAUUCAAUUGAUUAUCGGUUUUUAUUAGAGAAGCUGAGAUAUUUGGGGAGGAGAAGCUGGAAUGGUGAAUUAGAUUUAGGGAUUGUGCCUGAGGAAUUCGAUUGCCAUUGGUGGUAUAAUGGAGUCUGCGAUGCCUGAACCGCCAAAGCGGCGGGGGAGAAAACGGAAGAAUCGUGAUUUGGAAAGCACGGAGGGGCGUGAUGGGAAGAGAAUAAUGUCUACGAGGUCAUUAAGGCUCGUGGGAAGAUAUGUGCAGAAAAAUUUUCAGGGAAGUGGGUUGUUUUUGGGGAAGAUAAUGUCUUACGACUUGGGUUUGUAUCGGGUAAACUAUGAGGAUGGAGAUUUUGAGGAUUUGGAUAGUGGUGAAGUGAAGGUGAUUUUAGUGGAAGAAUGUGAUUUGAAUGGUGAGUGGUCUGAGAAGAAAGAGAAAUUGGAUAAGUUACUGCUAAUUAAAGAUGUAAAUGGGAAGGUUUCGAAAGUUGAGAACACGCUCGAGCCAGAAAAUGUGAAUCAAGUUGAUUCGUCACUGUCGAGUGACCAGAGGAAUGGUGAAGCUGCCACAGACUUCAUAGCAGAGAACCAUGAUGAUGGUAAUAGCAAUGCAGAUGCCGAUUCCUCAAAUGAUUCAUGUGAGGAUACUCGAGAUCAAGACAAUAGUAUAGACAUGGAAGAGCCACUUGUUCCACCUCCAGAGUUGCCUCAGUCUUCUGGGCAUAUUGGUGUUCCGGAGGCAUAUGUUUCCCACCUUCUCUCCGUACAUAGUUUCUUACGCUCAUUUAGUGUUCCGCUGUUUCUAUACCCCUUUGGACUAGAUGAUUUUGUAGGAGCACUAAAUUGCUCUGUCGCAAAUACGUUGUUGGACUCCAUUCAUGUUGCUAUGUUGCAUGUUUUGAAGCGCCACAUUGAGAGGCUUUCAUCAGAAGGUUCAGAGCUGGCAUUAAAAUGCAUGAGGUGCUUGGACUGGAACUUACUGGACAAUUUAACUUGGCCAGUGUACUUGGUCCAUUACCUAAUAGUGAUGAAUCCUAAAAAUGGCCCUGACUGGAAGGAUUUUUAUGUCCAUUCGCUGGAGAGAGAUUAUUACACUUUAUCAGCUGGGAGGAAAUUAAUUGUUUUGCAGAUUUUGUGUGAUUUUAUUUUGGACGCUGAAGAACUGAGAGCAGAAAUGGAUAUGCGCGAAGAAUCAGAAGUAGGAAUAGACAUGGAUACGAGUACAGUGGUCAAACCUACAGGUGCAUCCAGAAGACAUCCUAGAGCCUCUGGGUUCAAGGAUAGAGAACAAGAUGCAUAUGAGAUGAAGUCUUCUCUUGAUAGGCAUUCUAUUCAAGUAGGCAGAUCAGAAAGUUAUGCUGAUGAUGAUGCUAAUGGUGAUGAAUGUCGCAUCUGUGGCAUGGAUGGUUUGCUGCUUUGCUGUGAUGGAUGCCCAUUGUCCUACCACUCAAGAUGCGUGGGACUGAACAAGAUGCAUAUGCCUGAAGGUUCAUGGUAUUGCCCUGAGUGUAAAAUAAAGGCAACAGAACCACAAAUUUUGCAAGGAACAACCCUACGAGGAGGAUAUAAUUUUGGUGUCGAUCCAUAUGGACAAGUAUUUGUUGCUACAUGUGACCAUCUACUUGUAUUGAAGGCCUCAGUGGACUCUGAAAUUUGUCUGAGAUACUACAAUAGACGCGACAUUCCUAGGGCUCUCCACGCCCUUUGCUCAAAAGCAGAGCAUGUUGCCAUAUAUUCAGAAAUAUGCAUGGGUGUCGUGCAGUAUUGGCAACUGCCUGAGGAAAUUGUACCUCUCAAUAAGAUGACUGAAGUCGGUGUACAAUUAACAAAUGAAAUAGAAAGUGGUGUAUGUACCGAUCAUGUGGAUAAUCUGUUGGAUGAUUCAAUUGCAAAGACGACUGAGAUUGAGAACACUGGAAGUUGUAUCAGCACUAGUGCAGCAGAUACGACUGUUUCAAGUCUUAUGAACUGUGUUCAUGAACCUGCCCAAUGUGUGAACACUUCGGAUAAGGUGGCCAAACCUAUUCAGUUGGGUAACACAGAUUUUGCUAAAGAGCAAUCUGGUAUUGUUGUGAACACCAAUGGACCCACUUCUUACAGUGGCUUAAUGGGUCAGCCUACUGAUACCAAAGAUUUGAGCCAACAAAGCACUUCAAAUGUGACAGAAGUUGUUGCCCACUCAACAAGAAACCAGAGCAAUUACUACAGUGGUCCAAGCAGCUAUGUUUCACAAGAAGCCAAAACUUCCAAUUCGUUCCUGGAACUUAAGAAUAGGGUGGACAAGCUGUUGUAUCAAAAUUCAUGUGAUGGUUGCUCAUACAUGGGGUCUUCCUUCAAAACAUCUGGUUAUAUAAAUAAUUAUUUGCAUGGAGAUUUCGCUGCUUCUGCAGCUGCUAAUUUGGCCAUUCUUUCGUCUGAAGAAAAUCAUGUCCCUGAUCGAUCUUCAUAUAACCGCCGGAAAGUUAUGUCUGAAAAUGUUUUACUUCAUGUAAAAGCAUUCGCUUCAGCAUAUAUGCAAUUUUUCUGGCCAAAUUCUGAGAAGAAGCUUGUUGAGAUCCCAAGGGAGAGAUGUUCCUGGUGCUUUUAUUGUAAAGCUAAUGUUGUAAGCAAGAGAGGAUGCUUAUUAAAUGCAGCUGCUUCAAAUGCCAACAGAGGGGCUAUAAAGGUACUUGCAGGUGUUCGCUCUAUGAAGAAGGAUGGGAGACUUCCUGGUGUCGCAACAUAUAUUAUGUUUAUGGAGGAGAGCUUAGGUGGUCUACUUAUUGGUCCCUUCCGUAGUGACACUUUCAGGAAAAGAUGGCGCAAAGAAGUUGAACAAGCCACUGAUUGCAUUGCAAUAAAAUUACUUUUGCGUGAACUUGAGCAGAAUGUGCACCCCAUUGCCCUUUCUGGAGAUUGGAUAAAGCUUGUUGAUAAUGGGUCAACUCAAUCUUCUACCACUCAGAUUGCAGCAAAUGCUGCUGGAUCAACCCAGAAGCGCAGACCAGGCAGGCGUGGCCGGAAACCUUCUGCUGUAGUGGAAGUUGCAACUGAUGAUUGCCAGGAUACAUCAACUGAUUUCACCUGGUGGAGAGGAGGUACACUGUCAAAGCUUAUGUUCCAAAGAUGUGUUCUGCCUUCGUCAAUGGUUAGAAAAGCAGCCCGUCAUGCAGGUGGUUCAAAAAAGAUACCUGGAAUAAAUUAUGUUGACGGAUACGAAACUCCAAAAAUUAGCAGACAGCUUAUAUGGAGGUCAGCAGUUGAAAUGAGUAGGAACAUGGCACAAUUGGCUCUCCAGGUUCGGUGCCUUGACUUUCAUGUAAGGUGGAAUGAUCUAAUACGUCCAGACCAGAACCGUCCUGAUGGAAAAGGUCCUGAUGCAGAGGCUUCUGCUUUUAGAAAUGCUUUUAUUUGUGAAAAGAAAUCUUUGGGAAAUGAAGUCAGAUACUGCAUUGAUUUUGGUAAUCAAAAGCACCUGCCUUCUCGUGUCUUGAAAAGUGUACUUGAGGUAGAGCAAAUUCCAGUUGAUGGAAAGGAAAGAUACUGGUUUGCUGAGAUACGGAUCCCCUUAUAUCUGAUUAAAGAAUAUGAAGAACAAACAGAGAAAAACAACCCUCUAGACAUGCCCAAGCUGCAGAGGAGACAGUGGAAGGCUUCCCGGGAAAAUAUAUUCUCCUAUCUUGCACGGAAGCAGGAAAUCAUUACCAGAAGUAAUUGUUCUUCAUGUCAUCAAGAUGUCUUGUAUAGGGAUGCUGUCAAGUGCAGUUCAUGCCAAGGUUUCUAUCAUCAACAUUGUACAGUCAGUUCAACAGUUCAAAAGAGUGAGGAAGGUCAGUUUUUUAUUACCUGCAAGUCCUGCUCUGAUGCUCAGGCUCUUGCUCAAGUUCAAAAUAGCUAUGGGUCCCCUACGAGCCCUUUGCUACUUCAAGGUCAAGACAUGCUAAAUGGGGUUACUGCUAGCAGAAGUGAACAUUUAGUAGGUUAUAAACGUCCAUCAGAAUCUGUUGGGGUGAAGGAUUAUUCUUCUGAGAUAAAAUCAAUUAAUACUUCUGCAAAUAAGAAGAAAAGUAACAACAAAAAUUGGGGUUUUAUUUGGAGGAAGGGCUAUGGUGAAGAUACUGGUAUGGAUUUCAGAUUGAAAAACAUUAUUAUGAGAGGCAAUCCAGAUAUGGAUAUGACAAACCCUGUUUGCCGGCUUUGUAAUCUGCCAUAUAAUGCUGACCUUAUGUACAUUUGUUGCGAAUCGUGCAAACAUUGGGUGCAUGCUGAUGCUGUGGAAUUGGAUGAGUCGAAUGUCUAUCGCUUGGCAGGGUUCAAAUGUAGCCGGUGCCGUAGGAUAAAAAAUCCUGUGUGUCCUUAUAAGCCACUAGAUGAUAAAGUAGAGAGCAAGGCUCCAAAGCUGGAGAGAUAUGAGAUGGACUCUAAUUCUCCGUUUCUUGGACAUCACAUGGAAGAGCGUUCUGCUUACUCUGCAAUUCCAAUGCAGGAAGAAGUUGGUCGUGUAGUAGCAGAUGUUCCUCCUGUCCUUUCUCCUUCUUCUGAAAGCACUGGCAUGAUGAACGUUGAUUAUGGAUGGAAUAACUCAAACGUACCUCGUUCUGGUUCAAACAAGCUGCCAGUAAGGAGACAAGUGAAACAGGUGAAUGAUGCGUACUCUCCUUAUCCUUUCGAAGCAAAUGUCUUGAAUUCUUCUGGAAAAUUGCCAGUCCGACGUCAUAUAAAGAGCGAAAACAACCCAGUUAACUAUCCAGCAGUCAACCCCCAUCAAGUUGAAACUCCUAACCUUUUCGAAACCAAGGCCGAGAGCUCAGGUGUGGAUUCGUUAUCCUCUGAGGUCAAUUGGGAUGUUUCUAAUGGGAGCUUCGAUGAUGGUAUAUCACUGGACUACGAUGGUCUUGGUUUUGAUGAUAUGGACUUUGAACCUCAGACAUAUUUCUCCUUCCAUGAAUUGCUUGCAUCCGAUGAUGGUAGCCGCGCAAGUGGCAAUGCACCUUCAGGAGAUGUCAUGCAAAAUCUGGAGAGUGCCUCCACGCUUCCAGAAAACGAAAUGCUUGAUAUAUCCUAUGAUGAUUACGAGGAUCCUAUCAUAUCAAUAGGAACAGAGAUGGAGAUUGUGCCUUGCAACAUCUGCUCGCACACAGAACCGUGCCCAGACCUCUCUUGCCAAUUAUGUGGCAUGUGGAUACACAACCACUGCUCACCCUGGGUCGAACGCGAACCCUCAUCAUGGGAGGAGAAUUGGAGGUGUGGCAACUGUCGUGAAUGGAGGUAGUCGAAAAUCGAGCUUUUUGUUCCACAUUGUUGGGUGAAGUGCUAUUUUUGAGGAAGAAGGUAUAUAAGUGUGCACUCCGGUUACAAAGUUGAAAGGUAUCCACUCAUUCUAUCCGGUUGAGACUAGAAAUCGAGGCAGUGCCAGAGCAGGGGAACGAACUCUCUCUUGCUAUUCCCUCGUUGCUCGUUGCUCUGAGACGGGCUGGUUGAUCUACGUUCAGUCGAGGGAAAGAGGCGAGCAUUCUUAUCCAACUUUGAUUGAUAAGCUGCCUUUUUUGUGUGCUUAUCUUAUUGAUUUGGUAACGGAAAACAUUUGGCAUUCAUUCAAUCCAGCAUUUUGUGACUAACCAUUAUCAAUCACUUGACAUGCUAUACUAUUCUCUCAUGAUUGUGCUUACUAUUUAAUUUAUUUCUUA